AUGGAGGAAAUGACAACCAUGUCUCUGCCGAUGUGGGCUCUGUUCUCCAACUCCAGCCAGCUGUACUAUAACCCCAACGUCACUGUGGCCCCUACUUCCCUCACCAAGCCCAAGGCCUGUGAGCAGCUCAACAUCGCCACAGAGGUCUUCCUCAUCCUGGGUAUUAUCAGUUUGUUGGAGAACAUCCUGGUCAUCUGCGCCAUCAUCAAGAACAAGAACCUCCACUCCCCCAUGUACUUCUUUGUGUGUUCCCUGGCCGUGGCCGAUAUGCUGGUCAGCGUCUCCAACGCCUGGGAGACCAUCGUCAUCUACCUGCUGACCAACCGGCAGCUCAUUGUGGACGACCAUUUUAUUCGUCAGAUGGACAACGUCUUUGAUUCCAUGAUCUGUAUAUCGGUGGUGGCGUCUAUGUGUUCUCUCCUGGCCAUCGCUGUGGACCGAUAUGUGACCAUCUUCUACGCUCUGCGUUACCACAGCAUCAUGACUCAUAGAAGGGCCGCUCUCAUCAUCGGAGCCAUCUGGACCUUCUGCACGGGCUGCGGCAUCGUCUUUAUCAUGUACUCCGACACCACCCCCGUCAUCAUUUGCCUGGUGUCCAUGUUCUUCACCAUGCUGGUGCUCAUGGCCUCGCUGUACAGCCACAUGUUCAUGCUGGCUCGCUCCCAUGUCAAGCGCAUCGCGGCUCUGCCAGGGUACAACUCCAUCCACCAGAGGGCCAGCAUGAAGGGAGCCAUCACUCUCACCAUCCUCCUGGGAAUCUUUAUCGUCUGCUGGGCACCUUUCUUCCUCCACCUUAUGCUUAUGAUCUCCUGCCCCAGGAACCUGUACUGUGUGUGCUUCAUGUCUCACUUCAACAUGUACCUCAUCCUCAUCAUGUGUAACUCUGUGAUCGACCCUCUGAUCUAUGCCUUCAGGAGUCAGGAGAUGAGGAAGACCUUUAAGGAGAUAAUCUGUUGCUACAGCCUGAGGAACGUGUUUGAGUGUCUCCCUGUGUGCUAUAAACCUGGAGUGGCAUAG